AUGUCAAUUCAAAUUUUCUCGCAUCCAUUAAUGCGAGCUCAACUUAUCAAUUGGUAUUUACUUAUGAUGGCACUAUCGGAUUCGAUAAUCCUUGUUGGUGCUUUCUUUGUUUUAACAUUGCCACGUCUUGGUGAAACUUUAUCAUUUUGGAAAGCGACUGCAAUAAGUUAUUAUUCAGCACCUUACAUGUAUGCGUUAAUGACAUUGGCACAAACAAUAAGCGUUUGGAUGACAACUGUCAUGUCGAUACAUCGAUUUAUUGGAGUUUGUGUACCAAUGAAUUCAUUAUAUCGAAAAAUUUUUUAUGAAUGGGCUUAUACAUUAAUAAUGUUUGCUGUACCUUUUACAAUACUUAUUAUGGUCAAUUCGUUGGUUAUUGGUGCCGUUCACAGGUCAAGGCGAAUACAUGCCGAAUUCAAUAUCUAUGACGAUGAACUUCGAAAGCAAGAAUUCGCUAAAGAAAUUUCUACUUCAAUCAUGCUUGUCGCUAUUGUUGUUGCAUUUCUUCUGUGCAAUACUCCCGCUUUCGCUGUAAAUCUAUUUGAAAAACUGGAUCUACUUGAAUUGUAUAGUACAACAGUUCCAUGGUCAAAUAUGCUUGUUAUGACUAACGCUUCGAUAAAUAUUUGCAUAUUUUGCAUUUUUAGCGAAAAAUAUCGUCAACUUUUGGGAAAAUGUUUAAAGUAUAACCGAUGUUUCAAGUUGGAGAAUGACAAGGAAAGUAUUUCAAUAGCAUGUUGA